AUGGAUCCGCAGGAGUUGGAGCAAGAGAUAAAGAAUAUGAAGAAGAUGGACCAUCCGCAUAUAUUGAAGAUGUUCGAGUAUUUCGAGGACUACAACAACGUAUACCUCAUACUCGAGUUGUGUGAAGGUGGCGAGCUGAUGAAAGUGAUAGAAGACACAUACACCAAGAGUAGAGGGAAGAAGCGUUUGACUGAAGGAUGGAUUGCCGGCCUAUACGCGCAGGUUUUGGAGGCCGUCUCGUAUUGCCAUAGCCAUGGUUUGAUCCACAAAGACAUCAAAGCGGAGAACAUAAUGUUACUCAACAAAGAUAAGACUACCAAGAAUCCAUUCGAUGCCCCUCCUCAUGUAGUGUUGAUCGACUUUGGUCUAGCUGAGGCCUUCGACCCUGACCGUCCCUUCGUAUCUCGACAUGUUGCAGGGACGCCUUAUACGAUGGCUCCCGAGGUUUGGAAUGCUACGCUGAGUAGAAGCAACACCUUUGGUUUGAAAUGCGAUGUUUACAGCCUCGGUUGUGUUCUUUUCCACCUUUUCUGUGGUGAAGUUCAUGCUGUGAGUGUUCGUGAAAUCAAUGGUAUAUUCCGCAUGCUAGACCACGAGAAGCAGGGCAUCAUAUCCAAGCAAACUUGCGUGACCGGUCUUGUGAAGCUUGGCAUCCCCCAGAGUACGGCCGCGCGCGCCGUAGAGGCUAUGGACUUGGACGGCGACGGGAGGAUCGACUACACUGAGCUCAUUGCUGGCAUUCUCUGCUUCUAUGACACUCACCUUGAUGGAAGGCUGUGGAAGGCGUUCUCGAAACUUGAUCUUAACGGCGAUGGGAAGCUCGACCGGCAUGAAAUUAGAAAAUUACUCCAAUCUGGCGAGGUUAGCCAGAUGGGGCUGGUCCCAGCACAGAUGGAGAUCGAUGCCAUUAUACAGGAGAUGGACACCGACCGAGACGGGUACGCCUUGUUGGCAGGGGCUGUGAUUGUUAAGUGGCCUUGA